AUGGAUACUCUUAUGAGCAUGCAAUAUGCUGAUUAUGCACUGUACGUAUACAUAAGACACAUUAUCAACAAUAAUUCAAAUUAUAAUUCAGAAUAUUUUACAUCUUUAAUAUAUAGCUUAAAGACUAAAAUAGAAUCUAAAGAGUAUAAAGAAGAAGAAUUAUUAACGAAGUACAUUUUAUUCUUAGUGCAUCAUAAUAUCUUUAAAAGCUAUUACACUCCAAGCAUACAUCGCAAGUUCUAUAAAAUAUUUGAAUAUUUGAAAGAAGUAAAACAGUUAAAUAGUUUUAAAAGAGUCAUUCUGUGGGGAUACAAUCUGCUGCUAGGAAGAAAACAAGAGGCGGAAAGGUGUUUAGAGAUAAAAGAUCAAGAUAUAUCGGCAAAGAUAGAGCUAACGUCAAACACAACCAAGGACAAGGAUACAAUAAUAAGUGAAGAAGAAAGAAAAAAGUACUACAAUGAGUUUACAGAGAGAAUCACACAAGAAACAAAAGAAAUAUUUUCUCUAUUAAGCGUUCCACUGCUGUGUAUAGACAGCAAGCCAAAGUCAAUAAAUACCGUGGUUGAAGAUAUAAUAUCAUAUAAACUAUUGGCUGAAGAGGAGAUUGAAGAAACUAUUAAAGAAAAUAAAUCUAUUUUACAAAUGCCGGAAAACAAAGAAAUAAAGAAAGAGAAGAAAGAAAAAGAAGAAAUAAGCUUUACAGAAAGAUAUAAGCAAAUAAACAUAGAGUCUUUGCUAAACACGGAUGUAAAAGGUGUAGAGGUUAAAUGGGAUGAAAGUGAGUUUGAGGAUAAGCCAGAAGAAGAGGUGGAUUCUUACACAUACAUCAUAAAUAACAGCAAAAGAGCAAAGAAAAUAUGGACGCUAGAGGACACAAAUAAGCUUAUUAUGACACUCCAGAAGUGCGGCACAGACUGGCAAAAAGUACAGAGCGCGUGUGGUUUCAAAAACACAACAAAAGAGCAAAUUAUAGACAAGUACAAAAACCUUGUAAAGGCAAAGAAAAUGGAAAGAGUAAAGAAAAAGAAGGAUCUAUAAGAUUUAGGGUUAUUUCGGGUUACUAUAGGAAAGUGUAAAUUAGUACUGAAAGAAGAAUAUACCAUAGGUAAAGAGUUUUAUUCCAAGCAUAAAAUGCACUGGGUGCUCUAUUAACCCUAACCCGAAAUAAAAUGCAACCACCCCGAAUCCAACCCGAAAUAAAAUGUGUCAUUGGCCAACUAUUAAUCACGACAGAGGACACGGG